AGAUCCACUCUGCGGCGCAGCUGGCCGGAUCACAGCGCUCAGAGGAGAGGGGGAUACUCUUAUGUCCGGACUUAAAUGUAGUUCAGUUCCCCCUCACUCUUCAUUUUUUUUUUAAUGUUUGUGUCGAUUUAGUCAGCAGCAUCCUCAGAGAAGAAGGUGAUGCUCGUGCUUGCACGCGGGAAGGAAGAAGUGAUGCUGCUGAGUUUAGUUCUUGUCUUCCUCCGGGAUGAUGCAGCUGCUGCUGCUGCUGCAGCUGCCUUAGGUUUUUGGGAGUGACAUGAAAGUUUUUAUUAUUAUUAUUAUUAUUUGACGCGCUUGAAAUAUUCCAGCUGGGUCUCAUUUUUUCUGGACUUUUUUUUUUUUCCCUUUCUCACUUUUAGUUCAAAACCUAGAGUUUAGUGGGCGGAAAUUGGGCUUAAUUGAUCAGUUAAGUGGAAAGUGAAGAGGCUGCAGACUCUGAAGGGUUUGGCAUCAGAUGAGCGUUGAGAUGAACUUUGGAAAUUUCCUACUUGUGAUUAUUUCGUUCAUCGCCAUCGCUUCAGGGUCUCGAGCACGGUUUGAMGACAGCGCUCCUCGGAUAGCCGAAGACCCCUCGGAUUUGAUCGUCUCCAAGGGGGAGCCCGCCACGCUCAACUGCAAGGCGGAGGGCCGACCCACUCCCACCGUAGAGUGGUACAAAGAUGGGGAGCGUGUGGAGACCGACAAGGACGACCCCCGUUCUCACCGCAUGCUCCUGCCCAGCGGCUCCCUCUUCUUCCUGCGCAUCGUCCAYGGGCGCCGGAGCAAACCGGACGAGGGCGUCUAUGCCUGCGUGGCCCGCAACUACCUGGGAGAGGCCGUCAGCCGGAACGCUUCGUUGGAGGUUGCCAUCCUGAGAGAUGAUUUCCGGCAGGCGCCCAGUGACGUGGUGGUGGCUGCUGGAGAGCCCGCGGUGCUGGAGUGCAUCCCACCCCGUGGUCACCCCGAGCCCUCCGUGUUCUGGAAACGCAACAACGUCCGAGUCAGCACCAAAGAUGAGCGCGUCUCUAUGCGUGGCGGCAAACUGAUGAUCUCUCCAACCAGAAAAAGCGACGCUGGAAUGUAUGUCUGUGUUGGCACCAACAUGGUCGGAGAGAGGGACAGCGAUCCKGCAGAGCUGGUGGUCUACGAGCGUCCCGUGUUGGUACGGAGGCCKGUGAACCAGGUGGUCAUGGAGGAAGAGACGGUGGACUUCCUGUGCGAGGUCCAUGGCGAUCCUGCGCCCACUGUCAGAUGGAGACGAGAGGAGGGGGAGCUUCCACGUGGGAGGUUUGAAAUCCGCAACGGCAACAACCUGCGUUUGUUCCGGGUGAAAGAGCAGGAUGAAGGAACGUAUACCUGCACAUCUGAGAACAGCGUGGGCAAGACGGAGGCCUCGGCCAUGCUGCAGGUCCACGUGCCUCCCCAGAUUGCAGCAAAGCCUCGAGACCAGAUUGCAACCCAGGGGAGGAGCAUCACCUUCCAGUGUGGCACCACGGGAAACCCCCCACCUGCCAUCUUCUGGCAGAAAGAGGGCAGCCAGAUGCUGCUGUUCCCAGGCCAGCCUCCAUCUCAGUCUGGUCGUUACUCGGUUUCCAUGGCUGGAGAACUGACCAUCACGGACGUUCACCCCGAGGACUCUGGGUUUUAUGUCUGCCAGGCCAUUAGUGUAGCAGGAAGCGUGUUGACGAAGGCGCUGCUGGAGGUGGAAGGAGGUCCUUCAGGUCGUAUCCCACCGAUCAUUCGGCAAGGCCCGGCCAAUCAGACUUUAUCUCGUGGCGCGACGGCGCUGCUGCAUUGCCGUUUAGUUGGAGGUGUCUCUGUCAAGAUCUCGUGGGAGAAGGAUGGAGAGAGGCUUCAGGGAAAUAAACCUCGACUGACCUUGAUGGAGAACGGCACGUUGCAAAUUACAGAUCUAAAGGAUUCAGACUCGGGGAUGUACACAUGCGUUGCAUCGAGCAGCACGGGGGAAUCCAGCUGGAGUGGGAUGUUGACUGUCAGAGAGGCUGGAUCCUCCUCAGGAUCCAGAGUUUCUGAGUUCAUCCAGCUUCCAGGACCUCCUCAGAAACCUGUAGUGACCGAGGUGACGAAAAACACGGUGACCCUCACCUGGCAGUCCAAUCCACACGAAGGCGGCGCCGCCGUCACCUCCUACGUCAUCGAGGCCUUCAGCCAGUCAGUCGGCAGCACCUGGCAAACCGUGGCGGACCACGUGAGGCAGGAGAGGCACACGGUGAUCGGACUCUUCCCGAACACGGUUUACCUCUUCAUUGUUCGAGCGGUCAACUCCUACGGCCUCAGCGACCCCAGUCCGAUCUCUGAGCCCGUCAGGACUCAGGACGGCAGCCCCACAGAACAGGGCGUGGACCACAGACAGGUGCAGAGAGAGCUCGGAGAGGUGUCCAUCUACCUGCAGAAACCCCUGCUCCUGUCCCCCGCCAGCGCUAGGGUCUCCUGGACUGUCGCCCGUCAGUCACGGUACAUUCAGGGUUACCGGGUAUUUUAUCGCACCGUCGGUGGAUCCUGGUUGGUCAAAGACGUGGAGGCCACCUCGGACUACAGCGCCGUCUUGGCGGAUCUGCACAGCAACAAAGACUACGAGGUCAAGAUCCGGCCGUACUUCAACGAGCUGCAGGGUCACGAUAGCCUCAUGGUUCUGCUGCGGACCCCCGAGGAAGCUCUAAGUGGUCCUCCACAGGCGGUUUCAGUGCUGCAGCUCGCCAACAGCACCAGCAUCAGCGUCUCCUGGGAGCCACCGCUUCCUAACAUUCAGACCGGCAUCAUCCAGGAGUACAAGGUCUGGUGUCUGGGCAGCGACGUGGGGCAGGAGAUAAACCGAACUGUGGAUGGAGCGGUUCUGUCCAUCCUGCUGACGGGUCUGCUGCCUGACGUCCGCUACACGGCGGUGGUGGCUGCUGUCACCAGUCUGGGUGUGGGUGCUCGAAGCCCGCCUGUCAGCCUGUUUCUCAGUCAACCAGUCGAGGUGAAAAGAAGCAGCGAGCUCAGCCUAGCAGAGCAGAUCGCCGGGGUGAUCCGGCAGCCGGCUUUCAUCGCAGGUCUAGGUGUGGCCGCCUGGCUGGUUUUGAUGGGUUUCAGUGGAUGGCUGUAUUGUCGGCACCGCAGGAGGAAGCAGCUGGGUCACUACACCACCUCCUUUGCCUACACGCCAGCAGUUGGCUUUGCUCACAGUGACGGAUCAGGAAUCAUCAAUGGAGGGCCUGCCUUGUUGGGAUCAAACAUGGGAAAUUACCCCUGGCUGGCCGAGUCGUGGCCCACUCCAAAUCUGCCUCACAACAGCAAAGAUUUAGUCAACUGCUGCUCCGGGAAACUGGACUCGGAGAGAUAUUACAACUCUGUCGGGAAAAUCCACUACCCAAGCCAGACGGAGAAACGCAGCACGGCGUCCAACGACAGCCCCAUCUACAGCACCAUCAACACGACGGCCGAGGAUGACCUGCUGGCGUACUACGACACUUAUUCCAGCAUGUCCUACAACCAAGGUCCAGAUCCAUACAGCAGCAACCCAAUACUGGCAAACAGUGGGCUGGUGGGUCUAGAGCAGGACCUGGACCGGUGGACCAUCCAGUCUGGUCAGUCUGGGUCUGAAUACGCCAAGCUCCAGUACACCAAGAAGAGCUGCGACAAACUGGCGCAGCAGUCGUCUCCCGGGUCCUCGCCCAAGUCAGCUCCUCUCACCUGGGUGGACGUUUUGUCUCUGCCUCUUCCUCCCAACAGAGACGGAGGUCGAGCAAAGGCUGAUAAAGAGGAGGCGCAGCACAGCUCUGAGGAGGAAGACGACGACUGGUGUCCUCCGCUGCCAGCCAGGACCUACCUGAUGGACACGUCCAGAGAGGAGGUCUCAAGCCUGUCCUCUAAACUGGAGGAGCUUUCCUUCACAGCAAAACUGUCUUCCCCGCAGCGAGACUUGCCCCAGUCCAGCGAGAGUCCACGUCUUCAGCACUGUGAGCUUCUGGCCCGUCAGUACCUGGGCUCCCAGGUGUCCCAGUCCAACCCCGAUCUGUUCACCAACACCAAGGCCCUGGAUGCCUGUGGUUUAUACAACACCGGCCACUGGGGAGAUAAUUUCCGGGGAGAGAGCCUCAGCAAAGCUGCAGCUGCAGAGUCAAGUCCUGCAGUCCAGGCGCUCAGAUCCAGGGGGAAGAAACGAGCGCCUGUAGAUGGACAAAACAAAAGAGAGAGGCUCGGAGAAGCAGAUCUCCCCCCUCCACCAGCACCCCCGUCCUCCACGGAUGACGACUCCCUGCAGCUCUUUGUGGAGGUUUUGAGCCGGAAACCAGCAGAAGGAGAACCAAAGGAGGGGAGCAAUCGGCCCACCGUUCCAAAGAGGGGAGGUUUCUCCGCCCAGAGGGGGUCGCCGACAAAGUGGUUAUCAGAAGGAGCAGAUGAGAAUGUAAUCCCGCACGGGCAGCCGAACGUCCUGUCCAAGGUCCAGAUGUCAGGCUACGGGUCUCUGGGUGGAAGAGUCUUUCCCCGGCCCUCCACUGCAGGCCAGAGGAGAGAUGAGGGCUGUCUAAACGGACAGAACCUCAUCUAGACGGCAGCUGAUGACGUGACAUCUUCCUUUCUCCUCCCCGACUUCCUGUCUUUGCCAACCAUCAAUCUGUUGCCAUGGCAGCGUUUGGAAAAACCGAAGACAAAAGGGAAAGCGUCAAGGCCUGCCAUCUGCCUUUUCACGAGCUAUUUCUAUUCUUUUUAUUUUUUGUACUUUAUUUGAAUUCAUCUUAUUUUUUGUGUGUGAUUCCCCUUCACCCUUAUUCUGUAUAAAGACGUCCUCAGUGUAAUUUUCUAAAAGAUGUGGUCAGAUAUAUGGCUAAAAAUGGAUGUGGGAGAAAUAUUUUUAGGUAAAAAUAAGAGAAGAAAAUUAUUGGAUCGUUGUACAGCAGAUUACUGAAUGUAUCUUUUCUUUAUUUCCGACCACGACACCACGAUGCUGCGCGUUGGACAAGAGUUGGGAAAACAAGUUAAAUCUCAUUAUGAUGGUCUGUGUGUGUGUGUGUGUGUGUGUGUGUGUGUGUGUGUGUGUGUGUGUGUGUG